AUGGAGUUUACUAGCGAUUUUUGGCUAACCGAGAUCGGAUUCGAGGUAAAGAUCACACAAGAAAGAUCUGAAGGUUCCUGUGGACAGGAUGAAUUUGCAUGCCAGGAUGUAUCCUCUGGCUUGAUUUGUUUGGCACGUGACGACACCUGUGAUGGUGAUAACUUUGCACUGUGCCCAGAUGAAUCAGAUGAAUCUAACUGCCUUCCAUGCGGAAAAAGCAACAUCACGCUCAGCAACUCAACGCAGACUUCAGAAACACUGACUUCGCCUUAUUACCCAAACAACUAUCCCGACAAUGCCCGGUGCAUUUGGUUCAUCACAGUUGAUGAAGGCUCCACGAUAGCCUUCCGUUUCUCCGUGUUCUAUAUCGAGAAAACACACGACACGUUGACCAUUGGCAACGGCCACGAGUCCUCGGAUGGUGACUCUGUUAUUGGUCUUUUUAGCGGUUCCCUGACGAGUCUAGCCGCCGUUUCCAAUAACCACACGGCAUGGAUGGAGUUUACCAGCGAUUCUUCGGUAACCAAGAUCGGAUUCGAGGUAGAGAUCACUCAAAAAAGCUAUGAAGGUUUUUGCGGCAAAAGAAACAUCACUCUCAACAAUUCAACACAGACUUCAGAAACACUGACUUCGCCUUAUUACCCAAACAACUAUCCCAACAAUGCCCAGUGCAUUUGGUUCAUCACAGUUGAUGAAGGCUCCACGAUAGCCUUCCGUUUCUCCGUGUUCAACACGGAGCAAACACACGACACGUUGACCAUUGGCAACGGCCAUGCACCCCUCGAUGGUGAAUCCAUUAUUGGUCGUUUUAACGGUUUCCUGACGAGUCUCGCCAUCUUUUCCAGUAACCAUACAGCCUGGAUGGAUUUUGCGAGCGAUGGUUCAGUAACCAAGAUCGGAUUUAACGUAACGAUUACACAAGAAAGAUCUGAAGUUUCUUGCGGACAAGAUGAAUCUGUAUGCCGGGAUGCAUCAUCUGGCUUGAUUUGUUUGGCACGUGACGACACCUGUGGCGGCUUGCUGCUGUGUCCAGAUGAAUUAGAUGAAUCGAACUGCGGUAAGAGAAUUCAGAUUCAUUAA